GGUAUCCCUGGCUCAGCCACACGGAGGUGAUGAUCUCUGCUAAUUGACAAAUAAUCACAGUGGUGGUAGCCAUCAUGAAGUGGUGUUUGGAAUUUUCUAUCUUUGGGAUACAGCUCCUUUGGGAGCGACCCACCUUCUCAGCAGACUGGUUGAUGAAGCGGAUAGAUCUGCUCCGGAGGCUGGAAUCUGUCCUCUACCGAGAUGCAAAGUCCAAGGAGGAAUACAUGGACCUGUCAACUCUUCAGUACCGACUUCAAGUAACGGCAAGAAGAAUUGCCGCAAUUCUGUCGGACACGACGUAGUUUUUGCGGGAAAGAAUUACGGCAGCAUGGCGGCGGUUAAAGCCGACUGCAGGCGGUUCUCAGAAGCAGAUGCAAAGUCAUUGGAUAUUGAGUAUUUACUGAAUAUCACGGUUUUUUCGUCAGAAACCCUUCCAGAAGAUUGCCACGGGGGUGUGGGGGAAAAUUUGUGCACGAAGAAGAAGAAUGGAAACCCCAUUAGAAGUGGUGAGAUGAAAAGUCAAGACGCCGCCUCCAAGGCCAUCCCGAAGGCGAUGGAAAUCUCUAUUUGUAGAACAGGAGAUUGCCGCACUGGAUAGCAGCAGUGCAACACAUUGUACAUGUGCAUCGCGCUACUCGUUAGUGAUAGUCUGAUAGAGCAAGCGGGGUCUGGCUUUUUCCUUUGUGGGUAAUAUGCGUGUGGGCCAUUCAGCGGAAAGUGGGUACUUUUGAGCUUAGCCUAUAGUUAGUAGUAAUACCUCAGGCUUGUGGGGCUGUUCACCCGCAGUUGGGAACUUGAUCUGACCAUCUGCAGGUCUCAGUACCCAUUUCUGCUGCAGACCAUCUGCAGUUGUCAGCAGCCAUUCCUGGUCAGGCUGCUGAGGUAUGGUUUACUUUUGUCUAGGCCAGCUGAAUCAUUUUCAGUCGUCGCAAGUUUGAAUGUAGUGUAUAUAAUAUAUAUAUAUAUAGAAAACUAACAGCAAAGGUGGACCAACAGGCAUUCUACACCUAGAACCCAGUAGGAGCUUGACACCAGCUGGAAUGUUUAUGAUGGGGCAAAGUGCUGUGCACAUCCUUUUGACAAUUUGCCAAAACUAUUCAUAGGUUCCAUUUGAGUUUGUGCAGCAUCAACUCCUGCAAAGGUUUGCGAAAUUGCUCGCUGUCCGUUGCAGUAACUGGUGUCAUGAGAUCGACUCGGCGGUGGGGGCUUAAUUAGCAGCAUCCAACAAAGGGUGUCAGUUAAAGGCUGCAUAACUGCUGAUGAUGACAGUGCGUGAUGACCGAACAUUCCUGCGAGGAGAGCAGACUUUGUCUCUAUAUUUCCUCUGCUGGGCACAACUGCUGCUGAUGACAGUGCGUGAUGACCUAAUAUUCCUGCGAGGAGAGCAGACUUUGUCUCUAUAUUUCCUCUGCUGGGCACAAGUGCUGCUGAUGACAGUGCGUGAUGACCGAACAUUCCUGCGAGGAGAGCAGACUUUGUCUCUAUCUUUCCUCUGCUGGGCACAACUGCUGCUGAUGACAGUGACGACCAAACAUUCCUGCAAGGAGAGCAGACUUUGUCUCUAUAUUUCCUCUGCUGGGGGAGGGUGCUUCUUGCCCUAUCAGGCAGAAGUGAUUUCUAAUCAUUCGUCCCGUGUUACUGGAGGAAGGUUAUGGGUUAUAUUUCCUAGUUCGAACUCGAGUUUGUUGUGUCACUAUGGUUUGACGAACACGUUUCCUUCGGUUGGUUUCGUUAGUUCACCUCCGUUGGUCGGGUUUGAUUUGCCAGUUAGGCUUGGUUUGGUUUAUUCUUGUUGUUCCAGGACCGUUUCCUGGUAAGUAUAGUGGCGCUUUCGAGGAGGCGAUGAAAGGGUCCACAAUACGAUGUGUGCGUGCCUAGUCACAGCCAGGGGAGCAGGAUUUAUUCUUCGCUUAGAGAGAGAGAGUUAUCCUGCCUGGAAGUGUGAUGUGUGCGUGCCUAGUCACAGCCAGGGGAGCAGGAUUUAUUCUUCGCUUAGAGAGAGAGAGUUAUCCCGCCUGGAAGUGUUUGAAGGGCAGGAGUUGGCAGGAAUUGACAGGAACCUAGCAAACUGUCUUGGAGUUGGACAGCAGCUAACCACAUCCACCAUCCUGGAGUAAUGGUGGAGUCUAUUUUUUACUGUGAACAUAGAAUGUACAUUACAUGCCGAAGCCGACAUUGCAGAGAAGGCUUAGUGGCAUGGAUGUGUCAUUCUAGAGGAUUUGGAAGGCAGGUAAGGACACCGACAAGUUGUUGUCAAGUGUUAUCACAUUUUGGGAGGUGUGCUGUGUUAAGAGGCUUGAGAGAAGAUGAACUCUUUCACUAUCAUGUCUGAUGAUAGGUGAAACCUGGCCUGGAUGGCCUUGGGAGCUGUGUUUUCACAUAGGGUUGGUAAAUCGGGGUAGAUCAUAGCACUAGAAAAGUUAAGUGGAAAGGACAAGGUUGCUGGAGAAGGUGAACAAUGUGAAACACAGUGCGGUAGUUUCGAGUACUUAUUGCGUGUAAGAUAAGAGUACUGUAGUGCAGUUGUGUUUCAUAUUGACGAUAUAUAUAUAUAUAUAGUCAAACAGAGCUGCCCGGUAAACCGUAGGCAGAGAGGGAGAAGAGGACAACAAACGAGGGGCUGUGACAAACUGUUUCGUCAGAGUUUCACCGACUCAUUGUAAGAUAUCCGGGACUCAUAGUCUUCGUUUUUUAUCUGUCCUAAGGCCAAUGGUAUGGUAUGUUAAUUUGACGUACACAGGCCUUGAUCAGCUUUGAUGGAUAUGCUACCCUGGUGCUGGCAAGGUCAGUAUUUCUGUUGAAGAAAAAGAAGGGACUUGUCUGUUGGUGGUAUAGUCUUCCUUCGAGCUGGCCGCGAUUCUACUUUCUGGAUCUCAAGGUGGCAGGUACUUAGGCCUGGAGCGACACAUGAACCUGCAUGUGGUGGUUGCUGAUCGACUUUAUGAUGUGUUAAUAACAGCUCACACUUUCUUAAUGAUCGGUGCGCCGCUGUGCUACCGAUGUUUGCAACCACACGACUGCAGUAAUGCCUGA